GGUAACAGGUUGUCUCUCUCCUUUCCCAGUGCAAACUAGAGCUGGUGGUGGGAAGCCCGGCGUCAUGUAUGGACUUGGAGCUCUACACGUCCGAUGACAAAUUUGUAAUGAAACUGGACAGCGAUGAGGCCUUACUGGGAUCCUACCCCAUCGACGACGGCUGUAGGAUACACGUUAUUGACCAGAGCGGAGCCAGGGUCGGCGAGUACGAGGAUGUGUCGCGGGUUGAGAAAUACGAAAUGUCUGCCACUGAUUAUGAGAAGAGGCCAGACUCCGUGCGCUCCUUCCUGAAGCGCAGUAAGGUGGGGAAGUUUAACGAGGAGGAGAUGCUGAAGAAAGAGGCGGAGCAGGAACAAAAACUAGCAGAAGAGAAGGCUCUGGCGGAGGCCAUUUCAGUGGGUGCUCGGUGUGAGGUACGGGUCUCAGGCCAGCCCAACAAACGGGGGACAGUCAUGUUCGUGGGGCUAGCGGAGUUCAAACCGGGCUACUGGAUCGGUGUCAAAUACGAUGAACCCUUAGGGAAAAACGAUGGCAGCAUCAACGGAAAGCAGUACUUUGAAUGCCAGCCCAAGUACGGCGCCUUCGUUAAGCCUCAGUACGUCACCGUGGGGGACUUUCCAGAAGAGGAUUAUGGACUGGAUGAUGAAAUGUAACCGGGAGAUGGGAGAAAGGAGUCCACGAGGACCCGCCGCCCUCUUCACAUGGCUGUCAACAUGCUGCGGCAUCUCAGUGGGCUGCUGCAUUCAGAUCCUGCUAGUGGGCACCUAGGUGAGGGAGAAGAUGUGACAAGCACCUUUUUUUUUAUUUUAUUUUUAUUUCUUCUGAUUGUAUCUGUUUUGUUCAGUGAAAGAUGCCAUAUCCCUUUUGUUUUUUCUCCCUUUCCUCCAUACGCACCAGCUUAAUGCAGUGACACUAAUAAAACUGCCUGGGAGGAACUGGCGCUGCAGCUUAA